GUUGAACCUGAGUUAAAGGACUAAUGUAGCAGUUAAAAGACUAGCAUUAUUUUCUUUGGAAGAUAAAGACCUUCAGUAUUAGGAUAUGGUCUACACUGAAAACCAACCACAAAUUCUUGAUAGUGAUUUAGGAUUUUAAGUCACCAUAUGAAGCCCGGCUACUGAGUGGUAAUGAGGGCGUUAUCUAUGGACACAAAAGUCAUGAUAGUGAUUUUGAAUAUGAAGCACAGCAAGCUACUUAAAAUCAUCAAGGGUGUUAUCUAUGAAUAUGCGAUCCUGAAUUGUAUAGAGAAAACAGAAAAAUGUGGAUAUACAUGUGUUUCUAUUCAAUCAUGAUGACCUUGUUCCUGCAAAAUCAUCUAGCUAUUUCAUCAUCUUAUGAUGAAAAUGCAACUCAUCUGAGUCCUAAGAUGCAAAAGCUUGCAUUGUUUCAGUUUAAGCUUAGCUUCACAAUAAAUUCUUCCACUGCUGAAUUUUGUGAAGAUGCUCCUUCGGUUUCAAAGACAAUGAAUUGGAGCAUGAGUUCUGAUUGCUGCACGUGGGACGGUGUCACCUGUGACCACAUGACAGGGAAUGUGAUUGGACUGGACCUGAGAUGCAGCCACCUUGAAGGUUCCAUCCGUCCCGACAGCACCCUCUUCAACCUCUCUUUUCUUCAAAACAUCAUCUUUGAUUCUAAUAGUUUACAUGGAGAGUUACCUCUAGAAAUUUUCCACCUACCCAACUUGGAAGUGCUAAGCUUAGAAUUCAACUCUCAGCUAAUUGUUAAGUUACCAAAACAUAAGUGGGGAAGUAGUAGUAAUCUCCAGCUUCUUGCCCUUACGCAAACAACCUUAUCUGGAGGAAUACCUGAUUCAAUAGGCUACCUCAAGUCCCUAACCUUUUUGUCUAUCUUUCAAUGCAAUCUCUCUGGCCCAAUUCCAAGAUCCAUCAGCAACCUUACACAACUUACUUAUUUGAACCUUGGUUUCAAUCUUCUCAGUGGUCAAAUCCCUGAUUCUUUAGCCAACAUUCAAAACCUAGGAAUCCUUUAUCUUAAUAAUAACAAUUUCUCUGGGCCGAUUCCAAGAUCAAUUGGUAAUCUUACUCAACUUUUGUUAUUGGACCUAGAUUCCAAUUACUUAACUGGACAGAUUCCAAGAUCAGUAGGCAAUCUUACUCAACUUACCCUAUUGCAACUGUCUUCCAAUUACUUAACUGACCGUAUUCCUGAUUCUUUAGCUAGUCUCCAAAACCUACAAUUACUUAGCCUUGGUCGUAACAAUUUGAUUGGUCCGUCCCCUUCUUGGAUUUCCAACUGCAGAGAACUCUCAUUUUUAGAUCUGUCAGAGAACUCACUUACCGGACCCCUGCCUUCCAACCUAAUUCUUCCAAAUCUGACUUUUCUUGAUUUGUCUCAUAACUCACUUAAUGGAACAAUACCAUCUUGGUUCUUUCAUUCUCCAUUAUUAACAUACAUAUCCAUUGAUCAUAAUGAGUUCACAGGACAGGUUUAUGUAUUCGGUUCCUUGGAGAUGUACUCAUUGAAAUAUUUGAGUCUUUCUCACAACAACCUGACAGGUGGUCUUGAGCAUCUUCCCUGGAAGAUAUUGACUUAUCUUGACCUCCAAUCUAAUAUGCUCCAGGGAUCAUUGCCUGCCUCAAUCUGCAAUUCGAGCUCUCUUGAUAUUCUCAAUUUAUCUCAUAAUAAUUUAACUGGUGUACUUCCCUCAUGCACAAGAGGUUUAAACUACAGUCUUUCCGUGUUUGAUCUACGGAUGAAUAGUAUUGAGGGAAGUCUUCCAUCAGCUUUGGUAAAUUUCCGUAAACUGAGAAGUUUGAAUUUGCAUGGAAAUAAACUGGAAGGUACAAUUCCUCUUUCUUUUUCUAAAUUUGAUUACUUAGAAGUUUUUGAUGUUGGAAAUAAUCAAAUAAAUGACACUUUCCCUCUAUGGUUAGAAACCCUUCAAAAUCUCCAAGUUCUUAUUUUGAAAUCAAAUAAAUUCUUUGGUAUCAUAACCAAUGUCUCUAAGAUAGAACACCCAUUCCCUAGCCUGAGAAUCAUUGACCUCUCCAACAACGAGUUUUCGGGUCCUUUACCAGCAAAAUAUAUCCAAAACUUCAAAGGGAUGAUGAAUAAGGAUGCCAACAAAAUGGAAAGGACUUAUAUGGGGAAUUCUCUUUAUAGUGACACAAUGAUGUUGGUGGUAAAAGGGGUAGAGAUUGAGUUCAUUAGAAUUCUAACAAUAUUCACAGCCAUUGACUUGUCGAGAAACAAGUUUGAAGGGGAGAUUCCUGAGUACAUUGGAAAUCUUGAGUCACUCAGAUACCUCAAUCUAUCUCACAAUAAUCUCACAGGCCAUAUACCAUCCUUAGUCGGAAAAUUGUUGAUGCUAGAAUCACUAGACCUCUCUUUCAACCUACUGGUUGGAGUCAUUCCUCAAGAGCUCACAAGUAUAUAUUCUCUUUCACAUCUAAAUCUCUCUCAGAAUGAUCUUACUGGUCAUAUUCCACGAGGACCUCAGUUUAGUACAUUUGAGAAUAGUAGCUAUGCCGGGAAUUUUGGGCUAUGUGGACCUCCGCUGUCCAGAAGAUGCAUUAGAGAGACUCAACAGGAAGAAUUUGAAGAUGAUGAGGAUGAUGGUUUCUUUUUUAGCGGUUUUACUUGGGAAUCUGUGGCUAUCGGAUAUGGGUGUGGAGUGGUGGUGGGAUUCGUUGUAGGAUACGUUAUGUUCAUGGCAGGAAAACCAAAAUGGUUCACGGGAAUCAUUGCCAGAGAAUUGGGCCUCAAGAUCAGAAGACUGGAGAUCAGUGUUGGGUAUCAACCCAAUAUGAAUAGGAUUCUGAUUUGAGUUAGAAAUUAGAAUUGGAUUAGGAUUAUGAUUAGGUAUAUUAGAGUUAGAUUCUGAUUUGUCUAAGUUUGAUGGCUAUAUAUACAUAGUCAUAUUGUUUGAUAGGUAUGCUUGAGUAUUGGUAGGCUUGAGUAUCCUAGUUUGUUGGAUUGUAUUAUUGAUAACGGUUUUGAUUAAUAAUACAAGUUGGGACGUGGAUUUUCCGCGUCAUAUAAUUUUUGUGUGUGCUUUGUAUUAGAAGAUUGAUCUCGUAUAUUAUUCCUAACAAGUGGUAUCAAGAGCUAGGUUCAUGAUGGAUAAGAUGGGAGGAAAAUUCGAGAUUGAAUUGUUUGAUGGCAGAAACAAUUUUACUUUAUGGCAGAGCACAGUGAAAGAUUUGCUAAUUCAACGAGGAUUAUAUGCAACUCUCGAGGAUAAGAAGCCCGCUGAUGUGGAUAAUACAAAGUGGGAAGAUAUGAAAUUACGUGCUGCGUCGACUAUCCGGUUGGCUCUUGCACCGGAAAUCAAGUAUGAUGUUCUCAAGGAGAAUAACCCUAAAAAUUUGUGGGAGAAGUUGACAAAGACAUAUCACUCAAAGUCUUUGGCCAACAAGUUGUUUCUCAAGAAAGAUUUGUUCGGACUUAAGAUGGAAGAAAACGGAGAUUUGAGAGAUCAUCUAAAUCGUUUUAAUGGGUUGAUCAACCAGCUGAAUAAUUUGGAUGAAAAAUUAAAGGAUGAGGACAAAGCCAUUCUUUUACUUGUUUCCCUACCAUAUAAGUAUAAUAAUGUGAUUACUUCUUUAAUGGUUGGAAAAACGAAGUUAACUUUGGAUGAGACUACUGUUGUUAUUCUUGAAGCUGAAAGAUUGAUGAAGCAAGGAUCAGGUGAUACAUCGGACGGAAGUGCACUUAUGAUGGAUGCAUAUAACAGGAAAAAGAAGUUUGAUAAGAAACAUAACCCUAAUAUCAAGUGCUUUUAUUGUGAAGAAUUGGGCCACCAUCAAUUCAUAUGUCCGAAAGCAAAAGAAGACCUAAAGGAGUUAAAGAAAAUUCGAGAGAAGGGUAGUGCUUCGCUUGUUGAGACGGUUGAUGAUGCUCUUUUGGUUCAAGAAGACAAGGGAUCAAAAGAAGAAUGGAUACUUGACUCGGGAUGUUCUCAUCACAUAUGUGCUAGGAGGGAGUGGUUCUCGUCCUAUAAGGAUUGUGAGGGAAAGAUGAUAGCUUUACCAAAUGGUAAAACGAUAAAAGUUACCGGCGUUGGUGAGAUAACAAUGAAACUUCAUAAUGGUCGUAUUCGAAAAUUAGCUCAAGUAAGGUAUGUACCGGAGCUAAAUCGAAAUCUAAUUUCAUUGGGUAAAUUAGUUGAUUUGGGAUGUACUGUUAUGAUGAAGAACGGUUGUUUGAAGGUCACCAAACAAGAAUUGGUGAUACUCAAAGGUUGGAAGGAUAAGAGAAAUCUUUUUAUGCUAGAUGGAAAAGUUGUUACUCAAGGGGAGGCAUUGGCGGAUGGACGUCAACGUCUUCAUGGUGAUCGUUAAAAGAUUUUGAAACCGUAUUGGGUUGAAGGGGAGGAUUGUUGGGUAUCAACCCAAUAUGAAUAGGAUUCUGAUUUGAGUUAGAAAUUAGAAUUGGAUUAGGAUUAUGAUUAGGUAUAUUAGAGUUAGAUUCUGAUUUGUCUAAGUUUGAUGGCUAUAUAUACAUAGUCAUAUUGUUUGAUAGGUAUGCUUGAGUAUUGGUAGGCUUGAGUAUCCUAGUUUGUUGGAUUGUAUUAUUGAUAACGGUUUUGAUUAAUAAUACAAGUUGGGACGUGGAUUUUCCGCGUCAUAUAAUUUUUGUGUGUGCUUUGUAUUAGAAGAUUGAUCUCGUAUAUUAUUCCUAACAAUCAGAAGCAGAUGAAAUAAAGAUUUGGUUAUGUCUGUCCUUUUUUUUUAUUGGUCAUUGCAAAUUUGUAACCCUUUGGUAUAAUAUGGCUUCUAAGUUGUGCUGCUACAUUAUUUGGAUUUUGGCUCUGGACUUAUCGAGCAAGAAGUGUAAUAAACUCUGCCUAUAUAUGCUCUGUCA